UUUUUUUAACUCUGUUUGACUCUCUCUGAGUUGUUCGUCGCUUUCGUCUUUUUCCAGAAAACGAUAAGGAGUCUCUCUCUCACCUGUCUUACAUUCUCUCUGUAAGAAACCCUAGACAGCGAAGGCAGUAGUACGUUCGAAUCUUCCAGCAGAAGAAGAAAGCGGAAGAUCAUGAAAAUCAAGAAUCCAUUGCAGCAGCUGAAGCUCUCUGUCCCGGCUCAGGAGACUCCGAUCUCGUCUUUCCUCACAGCAAGCGGUACGUUUCACGACGGUGAUUUGCGGUUGAAUCAGAAUGGUUUGCGGCUCAUCUCGGAAGAGAAGGAAUCGCAGUCAUCUGAGAGCAAAGAGCUCGACUUUGAGUUCUCAAAAGAAGAUCUUGAAGCGAUCAAAGUGAUCGGCAAGGGAAGUGGAGGUGUCGUGCAACUCGUUCGCCAUAAAUGGGCGGGGACUUUGUUUGCUUUGAAGGUCAUCCAAAUGAACAUACAAGAGGAAAUCCGUAAACAGAUUGUACAGGAGCUGAAAAUAAACCAAGCCUCGCAGUGUCCUCAUGUUGUCGUUUGCUACCACUCAUUCUAUCACAAUGGGGCUUUCUCACUUGUGUUAGAAUACAUGGACCGCGGGUCUCUUGCAGAUGUGAUCAGACAAGUUAAAACAAUUCUUGAACCUUAUCUUGCAGUUGUCUGUAAACAGGUCUUACAGGGUCUUGUAUAUCUCCACAACGAAAGACAUGUUAUACAUAGAGACAUUAAGCCGUCGAACCUACUGGUAAACCACAAGGGGGAAGUGAAAAUCACUGAUUUCGGCGUGAGUGCUGUGCUGGCCAACUCUAUGGGUCAGCGGGAUACAUUUGUUGGAACUUACAACUACAUGUCGCCCGAGCGAAUUAGUGGGAGCUCCUACGAUUACAGCAGCGACAUUUGGAGCUUGGGCUUGGUAGUACUUGAGUGUGCUAUAGGACGCUUCCCCUACAUGAGAUCAGAGGAUGAAGAGGAGCGACCAAGUUUCUACGAGCUCUUGGAAGCCAUUGUAGAUAGCCCUCCACCCACUGCUCCACCAGACCAAUUCUCUCCUGAAUUCUGUUCCUUCGUAUCAGCUUGCAUACAAAAGAACCCUCGAGAUAGAUCAUCGUCAUUGGACCUCUUGAGCCACCCUUUCAUCGAGAAGUUCCAAGACAAAGACAUCGACCUUGGAAUUUUGGUAAGUAGCUUGGAACCCCCAGUGAACUACCCAAGAUAAGUUUUCUCUUGUAUUCCAACCCUUCCGCUGUGUGAGGCCAAACUACCUCCUUGUCUUGUAAUGCUUAAGUCAGAUUUUAUAGCGUUGAAGCCGAUGAUGCAUGUACGCAAAUUCUUUCUUUAAAGUACCCAAGCCAAUAUCUUCUGCAUACAUCACCACCCUUGUUGAUGCAACAAUGAUACAAAAGAUGCAGUUUGGUUUGUUGUCGUCCUUCAAGCCAUACAUGGUGUUCUCUUUUUUGCUAUCUUUGUCGUUGUCUUCUAUGCAAAUUUCUAGCGAAUGUGGCCGUCUUGAUUGUGCUAGAGGGACCAUAUAACUGUGGUUUUUGUCUAAGGAAGACAUUGUAAGUAUGUGGUCUGUCUGUCGUCUGAUGUGGGAAUGGGGGAGAAAGGUCAAGUUCUCGAGUCUGCUUUUGCUCAGUUUUUCAUAAGUUUCCACGCAGCAGUGGAUGUGUUAGCCUGUACUGUACUGUAACGUGAUUAAGGUGUGAAGCUAGAUUAGCUUUGUUGGCCGUAUGGAAACAAAGACCAGAGCUUUUUGUUCUAGUAGAGACAAUGAUCCCAGUUGCCUUAUUCCUUAUCUCUUUGUGAACUUUAACCAGGAAUAUAUUCUCGUUGGAG